AUGGCAUCCAAUCAACUGGUCAAUAAAUUGGCUGCGGAGUCGGGUGGGGGUGCGGCUCAAAUCGUAAUGAGUGCAAAUCGACCUCGUCAACUCUCAACUCUCACACCUGGCGCCGUGAUGUAUGGACUAUAUGACUCGACAGGUGCAAAUAUAUUGGAAUUUUUCUACUUCUACCUAGCCCAAAAUGUGAUCCCUGCCACCCUUAUCAUCACCACGCGGAAAAGCUCUCCCUUACGCUAUCUGUGCAUUCCAGGAAUGAUAUGGGUCGCGAGUAGGUUCAUCCGUCCCUUUGGCUCGUCUGGCAGUCCCACUUGGUGCCAGGCCAUAACACAACUUGUUAUUGCGACUUUGCAAGCAACGAAUCUGUUGUUGCUCCAUCCUUUGGCCAACUCAGACAUCCCGCACAGCACAAAGAGCAUUCAAGACUUCACAUCUAGGUUGAUUGCAGCAUUUCGCUUGCUUUCUCAAACCCGCGCUGUCAAUACACAAUGGCAGGUGAAGAAUGUGCCCUCUCAUCCAAAAUAUUACCUGCGGCGGGGUAUGCAGGUCCCAACACGGGGUCGAUUCUUGCUGCGACAGCUAGGAAUCGUCGCAUGGCAGUGCUUGGUGCUGGACAUCGUGCAAACAGUGUCGCUUCAGCAGACUAAGGAAUGUGGUCUGCAUGAGCCCGCAUCAUUGGAAAUCGAAUGGAUGGUACCUGUUGGACAAUGGGUAGAGCGAAUAGCUACGCAUCUGUCUAUUUGGUUUGUAGUAAACCGUCUAAUCACUGAUCUGGCAUAUCGAGUACUGUCAAUAUUCUUCGUCGGGAUCGGGCUAGAUUCUCCUGCAGACUGGCCACCAGCCUUUGGGAGUAUGGCCGAUGCGUUCACAUUGCGCAACUUUUGGGGGAAAUUCUGGCAUCAAUUCAUGCGACAGCCGUUCACUUCUAUCAGUAACUUCAUCGCACGAGAUGUUCUGAAUCUUACCCGAUCGUCAACACUCGAGCGAUAUACCAAUCUUUUUAUCGUCUUUCUCAUCUCUGCGAUAUUCCAUGUCAUCGUCGACAUAUUGCAGAGCGUUCCCAUGGAAAGGUCCGGCUCGAUGCCAUUCUAUUUAGCGUUUGUCCUCGGGAUAAUGCUCGAGGAUGGCGUGCAAAAUAUUUGGAAACGGGUACAAACAUCAAACGACAGACACGAAAAGGCAAAACAAUCAUCAGGAAUCGUCCCGCUUUGGAAGCGAACUGCUGGGCUAGUAUGGGUCAUGCUAUGGCUUGGGGUCACCUCGACAUGGUAUUUUACUCCGAUGAUUCAAUCCACGAAUGACGAUCUGCGAGUGAUUCCUUUUAGUGUUGCAAAAUAUAUCGGUUUCCAGCCGCUCGUGGGCAUCGUUGUGGGUAGUGGAGUUGGCAUUGCAGUUGUGCUUGAGGUCGAAAUAUGA